GUUUGUUUUUUUUUUGUUUGUUUGUUUUUCUUCCCUCUUUCUUAGUCUUCAUGAAGAAAUCAUUGACUUUUAUAAGUAUAUGUCUCCCAGACCUGAAGAAGAGAGAAUGCGGAUGGAAGUGGUGAACAGGAUAGAAAACGUUAUAAAAGAGCUCUGGCCUAAUGCAGAUGUGCAGAUAUUUGGAAGUUUUAAAACUGGUUUAUAUUUACCUACAAGUGAUAUUGAUUUAGUUGUGUUUGGAAAGUGGGAGACAUUGCCUCUUUGGACCCUGGAAGAAGCUCUUAGAAAGCACAAUGUAGCAGAUGAAAACUCAGUAAAGGUUUUAGAUAAAGCAACUGUACCUAUUAUUAAACUGACAGAUUGCUUCACUGAAGUAAAAGUUGAUAUAAGCUUUAAUGUACAGAACGGGGUUAAAGCAGCCCAGCUCAUCAAAGAUUUUAUCAAGGUUAGGCAACACUGUAAUAGAGCUAGAGCUGAAUAUUUGAUGAUUUGAUUUUAUAUUUUACUUUGACUGCAUCCUGACUAGAGAUACACUUUCACUCUGUUAUUUUUGUUGUCUACUGCUACUCCAUGAUGUUCUUAGGUUUUAGAUAUUUUGCCCUGAAAGACACGAAAAUAGCAAUGUAUGAAGUAUUGAGAAGUUUUAAUGGUACAGUUCUUUAAUGGUACUAAAGAGAAUGCACUAAUACCUGUCUAAAAUGUUCUGCUCUACCUGU